AUCGGUCAGUCAGUCAGAGUGUUGUGUGCGCGAAUUGCAAACGAACGAAGCCCAAACGUUUCGCAAGAAAGUCUCCACAGUUACAGCCUAGCCUAGGAAAGGAUAUCAUCAUCAUGAGGACUACGUCGGUGUGCCUGCUUGUUGCCCUGUUUGUUGUGGCGGCUGUUGCCAUCCCGGUGCCGGAUAAGAACGCCGAGACGCUCCGAUACGACAACGAUGUCAACGCGGACAGCUACAGCUAUCAGUAUGAGACGAGCAAUGGCAUUUCGGCCCAGGAAGCCGGUGAACUGAAGGCGACCGGUGGCGAAGCGUCCGCCCUUGCGGUGCGUGGAACCUUCAGCUUCACCGCCGACGAUGGCCAGGUGUACACCGUGAACUACAUCGCCGACGAGAACGGUUUCCGCCCGGAAGGUGACCAUCUGCCGAAGGAAUAGAUGCUGCCGUUCGCUAGACCAUCCAGCUGGCUAAACUGUAAAUAAAUGUACCCGU